GGGUAUUGUCAUUUUCCUCAUCUUCGGAUCCGGCCAUUUCCCUUACUUUGCUGGACAGUCAUUGUCAGGACAGGACCUUCCUGCGAUAUGCUGACUAUUUAGCAGGUGCACGUGCCUGAAGCUUGUUUGACACAUCAACUGAUGAGAAAACACUCGGCCGACGGAGAUUGCCCGGACGUUGAUCCACUCUGUGCCGAGGAAUCUUUCCGGGGCCGCUAUGGGCUAUAGCGCAACGGAUUCCGCCAUGAGAUUGGACCGUUCACCUGUCAAUAUUUAGCCGGACGGCUGACAGCUGCGCUAAAUAUGACAGGACCCAAUCAGUUACCUGGAAGUACAGCCGAGGUGAUGACCGUGCUGAGGUUGCUGCUUCAGGGAGAUUGCGCCGAGGACACCUCGGCAAGUGGCUCCCUCCCCUAUUCAGGAUUGGGUUUCCCACAUCUUCCCUGAGAAUGGGAUCCUGAGGCUCAUCACACAUCACACACGUCCCGUGCAUAUGCUUGACAACAUGCCUUCAACUCCUACCAUGGUCCUCGUACCUGGUGCCUGGUGCACGCCGAUCAUUUAUGACCCACUUCGUGCUAUUCUCACCUCCAGAGGUCUCGCGUCAACUUCCCCCGCUCACCCCUCCAUCGGUGCGGAGCCACCGUCGAAAACCCUGGCCGAUGAUGUUGCCCACCUGCGAUCCGAGCUGGUUUCCUUGAUCGAGGAGGGGAAGGACGUUGUGGUCGUGCUUCACUCAUAUGGUGGGGUCGUUGGUUCGGGUGCAGUGGAGGGACUGGGUAAGGAACAACGCGCGCAGCAGGGCCAGCGGGGUGGUGUGAUCUUGGUCGUGUAUAUGUCUGCUUUUGUGUUGCCCAAGGGAAUGAGCCUACUGGAUACGCUGGGGGGGCAUUUUUUGCCGUUUAUGCAGGCCGAUGGCGACUACGUACACUGCACCGGGGGUGCGGAAGCAGGCUUCCACGAUAUUCCGUCAAAGGACAAGGGAUUGUGGGAGUCCCGGUUGACGCACACUUCCAUUGCCGUGUUCUCCGGGGCCUCCACCUACGAGCCUUGGCAUGACAUCCCGACUGCCUAUAUCAUCUGCGAGGAAGACCGGGCCCUGCCAUUGCCGGUACAGGAGCGGAUGGCCCUGGCAUUGAAUACGUCGCUGGUUUAUCGUCUGGGUAGCUCGCAUUCGCCGUAUCUCAGCAUGCCGGACAAGCUGGCGGAUAUUUUGGAGGAGUUGACAGGAAAGACGGCAGCAACAAAGCAACCGGAGGUGUUUUUGCAGAAACUGUGA